AUGGAUAAUGUCGCUCUGAUGGAUAAUGUCGCUCUGAUGGAUAAUGUCGCUCUGAUGGAUAAUGUCGCUCUGAUGGAUAAUGUCGCUCUGAUGGAUAAUGUCGCUCUGAUGGAUAAUGUCGCUCUGAUGGAUAAUGUCGCUCUGAUGGAUAAUGUCGCUCUGAUGGAUAAUGUCGCUCUGAUGGAUAAUGUCGCUCUGAUGGAUAAUCGCUCUGAUGAUAAUGUCGCUCUGAUGGAUAAUGUCGCUCUGAUGGAUAAUGUCGCUCUGAUGGAUAAUGUCGCUCUGAUGGAUAAUGUCGCUCUGAUGGAUAAUGUCGCUCUGAUGGAUAAUGUGGAUAAUCUGAUGGAUAAUGUCGCUCUGAUGGAUAAUGUCGCUCUGAUGGAUAAUGUCGCUCUGAUGGAUAAUGUCGCUCUGAUGGAUAAUGUCGCUCUGAUGGAUAAUGUCGCUCUGAUGGAUAAUGUCGCUCUGAUGGAUAAUGUCGCUCUGAUGGAUAAUGUCGCUCUGAUGGAUAAUGUCGCUCUGAUGGAUAAUGUCGCUCUGAUGGAUAAUGUCGCUCUGAUGGAUAAUGUCGCUCUGAUGGAUAAUGUCGCUCUGAUGGAUAAUGUCGCUCUGAUGGAUAAUGUCGCUCUGAUGGAUAAUGUCGCUCUGAUGGAUAAUGUCGCUCUGAUGGAUAAUGUCGCUCUGAUGGAUAAUGUCGCUCUGAUGGAUAAUGUCGCUCUGAUGGAUAAUGUCGCUCUGAUGGAUAAUGUCGCUCUGAUGGACAAUGCUCUGCUCUGCUCUGAUAAUGUCGCUCUGAUGGAUAAUGUCGCUCUGAUGGAUAAUGUCGCUCUGGAUAAUGUCGCUCUGAUGGAUAAUGUCGCUCUGAUGGAUAAUGUCGCUCUGAUGGAUAAUGUCGCUCUGAUGGAUAAUGUCGCUCUGAUGGAUAAUGUCGCUCUGAUGGAUAAUGUCGCUCUGAUGGAUAAUGUCGCUCUGAUGGAUAAUGUCGCUCUGAUGGAUAAUGUCGCUCUGAUGGAUAAUGUCGCUCUGAUGGAUAAUGUCGCUCUGAUGGAUAAUGUCGCUCUGAUGAUAAUGUCGCUCUGA